CUCGUCAGUGUGCGCCUGGGCAGGCAGGUGGGACAAGAUGGCUGCGGAGCAGGGCGUGCAGAUCGUCGGGACCCCACCCGGAUCCUUGCUUGGGAGAGGGAUGCGGGCCUUGCUGCUGCUGCUGUGGCUUGCAGCCCGCGGAGACGCACUCUACUUCCACAUUGGGGAGACAGAGAAGAAGUGCUUUAUUGAGGAGAUUCCGGACGAGACCAUGGUCAUCGGAAAUUACCGGACGCAGCUGUACGACAAACAGAGGGAGGAGUACCAGCCAGCCACUCCUGGGCUUGGCAUGUUCGUGGAGGUGAAAGACCCCGAGGACAAGGUGAUCCUGGCCCGGCAAUAUGGCUCUGAGGGCAGGUUCACAUUCACCUCCCAUACCCCCGGUGAGCACCAGAUCUGUCUUCACUCAAAUUCUACAAAGUUCUCCCUCUUUGCUGGAGGCAUGCUGAGAGUUCACCUCGAUAUCCAAGUGGGUGAACAUGCCAACGAUUAUGCAGAAAUUGCUGCCAAAGAUAAGCUGAGUGAGCUGCAGCUGAGAGUCCGACAGCUGGUGGAGCAGGUGGAGCAGAUCCAGAAGGAGCAGAACUACCAGCGGUGGCGAGAGGAGCGCUUCAGACAAACCAGUGAGAGCACCAACCAGAGAGUAUUGUGGUGGUCCAUCCUGCAGACUCUGAUCCUCGUGGCCAUUGGUGUCUGGCAGAUGCGGCAUCUCAAGAGCUUUUUCGAAGCCAAGAAGUUGGUGUAGCUGUUCAAAGCCUCGCAGGCAAUCUUUCUCCCAGGCUGUGGAGAAAGGACCUAUAACCAGUUCCUCUCUGCAAGGGGGAAUGGCUUCAGCCAUAGAUGCUCUGGAGGGGAGAGGGACAGUAAGCAUGCCUCCACUCCUCAGGCUCAAGCUGAGGACAGCAUCUUGGCUGGCUAAUGCUCAGCAGAUAGCGGGAUGAGCCCUCCCCACCUGCAUCUCUGGACCCUUUGCAGUAAUCAUCCAGGAGCUGGUGAUGUCCUUGGUGUCUUAGGAUCUCAGUGUUACUGAUGAGGGAUGCUACUGUCUGGGGUUGGUUAUGGGAGGGAUGAGGGUGGGCCAGCAAACUUGUUUUUUUUUUUUUUUUUUCUUCUGUCUUCCUUUGCUAAUAGGGAUUUUGAGCAGGUCAGGGUGUAUCAAUGACUCCUUGCUAUUCCAGAAACUUUGCUUUUCUUGCCUUUGGCUAAGAACCACCCUGCUAAUCUAGGGUCUGUGUGUGUGUGUGUGUGUGUAGGGGUUGUAGUGCAGGAAAGGGGCCCAGGGUUUAUUUUUAGUUGUCCUUUCUGGGGCUUGAGCAACUGGUACCAAACAAAGCAGAGACUUUGGUGCUGGUUGGAGUUGGAGCCUGCAGAGUCUCUAGUUACUGAGUUUAUUUUCAGUAAACUUGGGUUUGUUACAUUGCUUUCCCAAUUAAAAGAAGAAAUACUUGUCUUGUGUACACUUA